CCUCUCUUCUCGAGGUUCUUUGUCUACAACAUUUUUUUCAAUUUCACAUUGUGGCAAGCAAACUCGGCGAAGCUCGGCAAGUGAUGCAUCUUCUUCGACACCCGCCGAUCCAGCACUGUCGCAAGUGAUCCACCUCACCGGCCCGCAGCGGUAUUGAACAGCUUCACUUUUGCUUGACAGACGCGACUUUGCCGACCGCCAACACACCUAGUUACAGCAGCAAGCAAACCCGCCAGCAAUCGGCCGCCACUGACAGUCAACCCAAACAUCAAUCAUCCUUAACGGGAGAAAGCAGCUUCAUCAUGGCCGCUUCCCAGCUCCCCCUUGAGACGCUAUUCACUUGGGCCAUGUUCAAUAACGUAGACCUCGUCGACGUCGAAGCGCGCGAGAUUCCCGGCUGCGGCCUCGGAUUGAUAUCCAACAAGGAUCUCAGCCGCGAUGAGGAGACAUUGGACACAUCUAGUCUGCUGAGGAUCCCUCAUGAGUUGGUAUUGUCUGCCGAGGCCGUCGAGAACUACGCCAAGGUCGACAAGAACUUUCGCCAAUUGCUCGACGCCGCCGGGCACAAGUCGACCCGGCAUGACAUAUGCCUUUAUCUCCUCACGCAAAAGGUUCUUUCGGAGCGGCUUAAGACGUCUUUGCAGGGUGGCGUGUCGACGCCCUGGACCGAGUACGUCAAGUAUCUGCCUCCACGGGUGCCUGUCCCAACCCUUUGGACAGAGCAGGAACGCGACAUGUUGCAAGGCACAUCCCUCGAAUCGGCGACGGCCGCCAAAAUCGUUGCCUUGACUGACGAGUUCGACGGGCUCCGCGAGACAUCCUCCACGUUAACUUUCUGGAACGAACUGUUUUGGGAGAGCGAAAAGAUCUCUCUGAUUGACUGGGUUCGGGUCGACGCAUGGUUUCGCUCCCGAUGCCUGGAGCUUCCCAAGUCGGGCGAGGCCAUGGUCCCGGUCCUGGACUUGGCAAAUCACUCGUCCGAGGCCAAUGCGUACUACGAAGAAAACGGCAAGGACGAGGUGGUUCUGCUCCUGCGACCCGGAUGCAGGGUCUCGUCUGGGGAAGAGAUGACAAUCUCGUACGGUGAUGCAAAAUCCGGGGCAGAGAUGCUGUUCAGCUACGGGUUCAUAGACCCCGUGUCAGCCGCUGACCGCAUGACGCUGCCCUUAAUGCCUCUCGAAGAUGACCCCCUCGGCAAGGCGAAGCUGCACAUCUUCAAAGGGCCCCCGACUGUGGAGUUCGUCCGGACGAAUGGGUCCUUCAGCUGGGAGAGCCCCUUUGCCUAUAUCAUGUGUCUCAACGAAGAAGACGGCCUUUUGUUUCGCGUCCUGCAGGACACUGAUGGUUCACGUGAGCUAAGGCUGUUCUGGCAAGAGGAAGAUGUGACAGCGACCACAACAUCCUUCGACCAACACAUCAACGGCCACCCGCUUGCUCAGAUUUUCCGUCUUCGAGUGGUUACCAUCUUGCAAGAUCUGGCAGUCGCUCAGCUGGAGCGAUUGAAUAUUGCCGCUCCCCUGGAACAUCUGGACGAGUCUAAGAACGAAGGAGGUCUCGUUAACAAGGCGUGCAUCAGCGCAGCUAGUACGCUGAGGGGCCAAGAGACCGUCUUAUUGGAAACCGCCGUGGAGGCUUUGGAAGAGCAGAAAACACAACUUCUUGCAGAUGAAAACGUGGUGGCUUAUCUCGGAUCGAUGGAAGAUACCCAAAACGACCUAGCCGAAGAAGAAUCGUCCAAUGACGAGGAGGACUUCAGUUAGAGAGGGAGGGCUAGGCAAAGUCGCUGCCGGGUCGAUCCAUUUCGGCACUCGCGACAUUGGGCGGACGUUUCCACUCAGAAGCCUCAAGGCCUUGACCCAACUCCGCACAAUGAGCCUGUCGUAACGGGCGAUACGUAGUAGUUCGCCUCAGAAACAUAGUGUGCCGUCCAUCACCGAUUCUUUAUUGUGAGUAAUUCGGCACGUGAGUGAUGCGGGUAAUAACGGAGUGUCUCCGAUUGCCCCGCGUUUGGCAUCCCUCUCGC